CUUAACUACAGCGUUGUCACAUCAUAAAACAUCAUUAUUUUGUACAACGAUUAAGAAACACAAUGGAAACAACGCGUGCAAAUCUCGCGAGAGUUUCGCAAACAUAGGGUUACCCAUCUAGACACAAGCCUGCUCGGCUGCUGUACUUUAUCAGUUUAUUAUUGUUCUGUAAGUUGAAUCAAUGCAUUGUUUUUAUAGGAUAACGUGCAUGUGGAAUUAAUUUCUGGGGAAACUUGCUAACAUUUGGACUUUGGAUCCAUCUGGAUGUUGAGUGCGCGGGCCCUGUUUGGGAUCGGCUUCCUGGUGACCUCACGGGCCACGGCAAUCCUCGCUCAGACAGGGACAUGUCCUCUGUCCGCUGCAGCUGUCAACCACAAGAAGGACUGUAACGGUAGCAGAGCAGCAUCCACCAUGGCCCAGACCAUCAAAUAUCUCGGGCAGGAGGAGGCCCAGCACAUCGAUGAAGAGCUCUUCAGCGAGUACGGCUUCAGUGUGGACCAGCUGAUGGAGCUGGCGGGCCUCAGCUGUGCUACAGCCGUCACCAGGGCGUAUCCGCUCAGUUCUCUGGUGAAGCCCAAACCUUCACUGUUGGUGAUCUGUGGUCCAGGUAACAACGGAGGCGAUGGCUUGGUCUGUGCCAGACAUCUUAAACUUUUUGGUUAUGAGCCCACCAUCUUGUACCCGAAGAGGCCAAACAAACCACUGUUCCAGGGUCUGACCACACAGUGCCAGAAAAUGGAGAUCCCCUUCCUGACUGAGAUGCCUGAGGCCAAAUUGAUCGACGAGGCCUACAACCUGGUCAUAGAUGCCAUAUUUGGCUUCAGCUUCAAGGGGGCUGUGCGAGAGCCUUUUGGAUCCAUCCUCAACGUGCUGAAGAAGACCACAGUCCCCUUAGCCAGCAUCGACAUCCCCUCAGGUUGGGACGUGGAGCAGGGCAGUAGUACAGAUGGCCUCCAGCCUGACAUGCUCAUCUCUCUCACUGCGCCCAAGAAAUCAGCUUCCUUGUUCAGAGGACGCUACCACUUCCUGGGUGGCCGCUUUGUGCCGCCCGGCCUGGAGAGGAAGUACCAGCUCAACUUGCCUCAGUACCCUGGAACGGACUGUGUGUUACAGCUGUAAGGAGAUAUCGGUUUGCUGAGAGGUUUCAGUUGCUCUAGGGAUGAUAUGGCUUGUAAAUCUGGGAAUUUGAUUGGUUCCCAUUGACUGUGUGGUGGUAGUGGGUGUGAAUCCGAUGACGUGUUACAAUAGAUCUUAAUGUGAGAGUGCUGCAGCUACAGUGAAAUAAAAAAUAUUGAUUGGAAGGAA